UGGGGCUCCCGCGAGCAACAACUUUCUCAGAUUGACACAGAAUGGAGAGAAGCUGACGCACCGUUAUUUACCGGACCGUUAACUUUUCCUCUUCGGAGCCUCUCCUCAUGCCAUCACAACACACACCCUGCGCGACACCAGGAGAAAACAAGUGAAGACGGAGUUUCUGUAACAGUUUGAAGAGCUGAAAGUUCCCUCCUUAUUGUUUUAUCUGCUUUUUUUGGACACUUUUUACUGCGUUUUUACGCACGAUGCGCAAAGGGAUGGAUCCUAUCCGGAGACUUAAAAUGGGAGUGCAUCAUGUUUUUUACAUCUUUAUUUCUUUUUCGCUUGCUUAUUCUUACAAUAUAGACUUAGAACAUCCUUUAGUCUUCCGCGGACCAGAUUCUAGUUUUUUUGGCUACUCUGUGCUGGAGCAUUAUCAUGACAACACACGCUGGCUUAUAGUAGGAGCUCCGAGGGCAAACUCUACCUACAGUAGCUCUGUGCACUCUCCUGGAGCUGUGUAUAAGUGUCGGAUUCACAGCAACCCAGAGCGCCGCUGCACAGAGAUGGACCUGGGAAGAGGAAACCGGCUGAGGGAGUCGUGUGGGAAGACGUGUCAGGGCGACCGGGACGACGAGUGGAUGGGGGUCAGCCUGGCCCGUCAGAACAAAGCUGACGGCAAAAUCCUGGCUUGUGCUCACCGCUGGAAAAACAUCUACUACGACUCGGAACACAUCCUCCCUCAUGGAUACUGCUCCAUCAUCCCCUCCACUCUGCAGGGCAGGACCAAGCCGCUCAUCCCGUGUUAUGAAGACUACAAGCAGAAGUACGGGGAAGAGCACGGCUCGUGCCAAGCCGGGAUUGCGGGAGUUUUUACCGAGGAGCUGGUUGUGAUGGGGGCGCCGGGGUCGUACUACUGGACCGGGACCAUCAAGGUGUACAACCUGACUUCUGAGUCCUUCUCCAGCCCGAACAAAGACGACAUCGACUCCCACAGAUACAGCUACCUGGGCUACGCGGUGACCGCCGGACACUUCUCCUCCCCUAACGUAAUCGACAUCGCUGCAGGGGCGCCUCAGCACAGCGGCAGUGGAAAAGUUUACAUUUUCAAAAUCGAUGGUGCGUCUUUAGUGAAGAGUUUUCAAGCCUCUGGGAGAAUGAUGGGCUCUUACUUUGGCUCCUCAUUGUGUGCAGUUGAUCUGAACCAGGACGGCCUGUCGGACCUGCUGGUGGGGGCUCCCAUGCACAGCCAGCUCCGGGACGAGGGCCAGGUGUCUGUGUACCUCAGCAAGGGCAAUGGUGUGAUGGAGGAGGCCGGUGUUUUGAGUGGCGACAACGCUUUCAAUGCACACUUUGGAGAAUGCAUCACCGCAAUCGGAGACGUAGAUGACGAUGGAUAUCAGGAUGUAGCAAUCGGAGCCCCUAAAGAGGACGACUACGCAGGAGCUGUUUAUAUCUACCACGGCGAUGAAACGGGAAUCAUCAGCAAAUACUCCAUGAAACUGUCUGGACGCAGCGUUAGCCCUGGUCUGCAGAUGUUUGGCCAGUCGAUCUCAGGCGAUGUGGACAUGGACAGCAACGGAUACACAGAUGUCACCAUUGGAGCGUUCAUGUCAGACAGUGUUGUGCUGCUGAGGACCCGGCCUGUCAUUACGGUGGAUGUCUCCAUCUUCCUGCCGGUCUCCAUCAACAUCACUGUGCCGCAGUGCCACGAGGGCCAGCACCACCAAAACUGCUUCAAUGUCACCGUCUGCAUGCGCUUCAGGGGGAAACAGCUGCCCGGGCAGAUAGAUCUGCUUUAUAACCUGACGGCUGAUGUGGAUAAGCGGCAGAAGAGCCAGCCUUCCCGGGUCUACUUCACCCAGAGCGGCUCUCAGAUCAGCCAGAUGAGCCAGCAGCUCAGCCUGGAGAUCGACAGGGAGGAGUGCCAGCGCUUCACCGCCUACGUGAAGAAAGACGUUAAAGAGGUAUUCACGCCCAUCACGUUCGAGGUGGCGUACAGCCUGGGGAAGCACGUUGUGACGGGGCAUCAGGAGCGAGAUCUGCCUGCACUUACACCGGUGCUACGAUGGAGGAAAGGAAACAAGGUCGCCGUGAGGAAUGAGACGUGGUUUGAGAAGAACUGCCUGUCAGACGACUGCGCCGCAGACCUGAGGCUUCAUGGGAAACUGCUGCUCUCUGGCCUGCACAGCGGUCACCAUUUGGCCCUGGGAGGAGUGAAAAAUGUCUCUCUGAAUCUGACCAUCUCCAACACGGGAGACGACGCCUACGACACCAACAUCUACUUCAACUUCUCCAGAGAAGUUUUCUACAUCAACUUCUGGCAGCGG